GAUAAUAUUUUAAGACGCGGGUAACUAUCUUAAUCUACGGUAACGUUUCUUUGUUCUACUGUCACUGUCAGAUUGUAUGACAACCUGAUUGCGUUGACACAUUCCUAUUUCUUUUAGUCCAUUUCUCUCCCAGUGGCAUUACACGCGUUUAAUCGUAACUCAAAUAAACGCGACGAUGUCGGGAGGAUUAGAUAUAUUGGCCCUCAAUGAGGAGGAUGUCACUAAAAUGCUGGCGGCAACUACUCAUCUGGGCUCUGAAAAUGUCAACUUUCAGAUGGAGACAUAUGUGUAUAAACGGCGUACAGAUGGCACUCAUGUAAUCAACUUGCGUCGUACUUGGGAGAAACUUGUGUUGGCUGCCCGUGCUGUUGUUGCUAUUGAAAACCCAGCUGAUGUGUUCGUGAUUUCAUCACGGCCAUUUGGUCAGCGUGCUGUCCUCAAAUUUGCAGCACAUACAGGUGCAACACCUAUUGCUGGAAGAUUCACUCCUGGUGCCUUUACUAACCAGAUCCAAGCUGCUUUCCGAGAACCCCGUCUUCUUAUUGUCUUGGAUCCUGCUCAGGACCAUCAGCCUAUUACUGAGGCAUCCUAUGUUAAUAUUCCAGUUAUAGCAUUCUGCAACACUGACUCCCCCCUGCGAUUUGUUGAUAUUGCCAUUCCAUGCAACACCAAGUCAUCCCACUCCAUUGGUCUGAUGUGGUGGUUGCUAGCACGUGAGGUACUGAGGCUGCGUGGUGUUCUCCCACGUGACCAGCGCUGGGAUGUUGUUGUUGACCUGUUCUUCUACCGUGACCCUGAAGAGAGUGAGAAGGAGGAACAACAGGCUAAGGAACAGGCUGUUGUGGCUCCUAAGCCCGAAGUGGCUGCUGCUGUCCAUGAGGAUUGGAAUGAGCCUGUUGAGCCUGUCACCUCAUGGGCUGAAGAUUCUGCUCCAGCUGCAGCAGCACCCGCAUUCGGCGCCGCAGCAGCUCAGGAAGAUUGGGCAGCACAGGUUCAAGACGAGUGGGGAUCAGCUGCACCACCGCCUGCCGCUGCCACACCCUCAUGGGGGGGUUCUGCACAAGAUUGGAGCGCGGCUUAAAUGUAUCGACUAAUACAGUCUAAAAUAUAUAA